AUGAGAUAUGAAUUUAUUUAAGCACAAUCACAAUAAGUUUACUAAAAAAUAACACCUAUACUAAAGCCUACUGCUGAUGUUUAAAAUUAUGUCAGAGCAUUAAUAUUUUUAGGAACAAAUUAACUGGAAGAUGAUUGGCUUUCUGCCAAAUAGCAUUUUGAAUUUGCAAUCAAUCGAAUUCUUCAAGGGAGUGUAGAUAGAAAUAAUUAUCUAUUUUGUGAGAAAAUGCUUUUGAAACCCUUCAAUAAAUAAAGUUAAUUAGGAAGAGAUUUGUAUUCCUUGCUUACAAAUUGUUUGAACUUUUGUAAAGAAGAAAAUAAAUUCAAAAGAAGCAGGAGUGGAUAAACAGGUGUGAAAGCAUGUGAUCAUAUUCAAUUGAAUAACUCUACAAAAAUAGGGGCACUUGUAAAGUCAUUCAAGGAAGAAUAUUAAAAAAUGAUAGAUACAAGGCCAUCACUUAAAUCUAGAAUGGUAGAAGAAAGAGUUAACAAACAUAUAGAACAAAUAAAAGAAAAAAUAAAAAGAACCAAUAAAACAAGCUAUUUUAUUUCUCCAAGAAGAGAACAGUAAGAAAAAGCUAAAAGUUUGAAUAAAUGAAUAAUUUUUUGAUCUUCAUAUCAAUUUUAAUG